AUGGUCGAAGGAUGUAGUUGGUUCUCAAUGAGUAUCCUGAAACAUGCUUUCCUUCUUUGGAUGGUGCUAAAGAACAAACUGAAGACACAUGAUGGGUUGAAGCCUUGGGAUGUUGGUGGGGCAACUAACCUUAAUCUUGUUUGUUGUUCUUUAUGUAAAACAGUUCAAGAUUCACAUGCGCAUAUUUUCUUCAGGUGUACAUACUCGACGACUGUUUGGUCACUUGUCAGGGAUAUGGCUGGUCUUAGGCAUGUGCCGAAUAUUGAAGAUACUACAGAUUAUUUGAUCCCGAUUUCUAAAGGUAAAUCUGCAAAAUGUGUAAUCGGUAGAUUGGUUCUUGCUGCAUAUGUUUAUUUUGUUUGGCAAGAGAGGAAUAAUCGUACGUUUACCAAUAACACGAGACCUCCCAAAAGACUAAAGGAACUCAUUGUAAACACGGUCAGAAUGAGAUUAGCCUCGAUCAAGUUCAAGGCAAGCAGCAAAGUGUUACAAUUACUUGAAAACUGGAAGUUACCGAAGAGUCUUCUUAUGGAUGGUGAUGAUCCAUCGUUUGUCAGAUGA